UACUUAAAUAGUAUUUAACGUAGGUAACAAUAUUGAAAAAAUCAAUAAGUUUUACUUAAUUUCCAAGCCACGCUAACAAAAUUCAGUAUUUUACUCUAGACUAGUUUUGAAUCACCAACAAAACACAUACUGAAUAUUCAUUAGAGCAAAAUGCGGAGUGGCCUUACAGCGAUGGCAUGAAAAAUUUUCAAUUAUAUACUUAAGUGUAUCUUCGGACGUCAGAAAUGUAAGUAUAUAAGGAUAUGUGUGAAGAUUUGAGUGUACAGUUGUGUAAUAAUAUGGCGUCAGUACAGAUUGUGUUCCUAGUAAUAGUUUUUUUAGUGGGGGUGGGUUUGUGUCAAAAUAAUGCGACGGUUGCCCCUGCAGCAACUACUGCGGCCACUGCAUCAUCGUCUUCCUCUUCAUCCAUAUCGACGUCUUCUACUACAACUACGCAAUCAAUGUUUCAAAAUUUUAACUCGAUGCUAACUGCAGUUCCGAAGAGCUUCAUGGAAGCUUGUGAAUAUGGAAAGAAAGCCGUGGUAAAUGUCUUGGAAUCAAUACUUGCCCAGAAACAAAAGUUUUUAUCACAAUUAUAAUACGUUUUAAAUUAAA